AUGGACAACCUUCCAAGUACAGUUGACCUUAACGCAUAUAAAGCGUAUAUAAACGAAGAGACAAUUUACUCAGUCACAAACAAGUUUCUUAACUCUAUAGAUCUCAAGUGGGAAUCACAGAGCCCUCCAACUCUUCGCAUUAUAGUUCUCAACAGUAUAAUUUUAAAUUGGCAUGAGGUCCCUAUUCUAUCAGAAAUUCCAAAACAAGCCGAUAAAAACUACAUCCUGGAAAAUCUCGAUGUAAAUUUGCCAAUAAAACUUCUCAGCACUCAUAUCAGGGAAGAUAUUUUCUGGAACCGAUGCUUUCGAAAUCGCUGGAGAAACUGCUUUCCAGAGAACGCCAAUAAGAGAUGGAUUUCGUCGUAUAUGGAGAAAGACCUCGCAGAAAUGUUAGAAAAUUUAGAGCCUUGCAAUUAUGAUCAGGAGGAAAUGCAAAGAAUUUUGGAGAUAGCUGCUCCGUAUAUAGAAGAACUGAAUAUUUCUUGUCUACAACCUUCAAUGGAUGAUAAAACAGAUCACGUUCCAUUUGACUUUAUUCUAUCCAAUCUAACAGAAUUGAAUAAACUUCAUGUGAGUUAUAUUGCGAAAAAAAUUGGCACGAAUUUCUACUUGGGCUGCUCAAGUAUGUCUCCGAAUGAUGCAACGAAUUUAUGCCGAGGAUUGCAAAAAACUUAUGACUUAUUAGAAUUUUGUUUACACAGCACAAAGUUGGAUCUGCCCAUGAUCAAAGCAUUUGCCAGAAGCUUGGAUAAAGGAUGUCCAAAUCUGACAUCAUUGAACCUCACCAACUGCUGCGUAGGUGAUAAUGGAUUCGUUGAAUUUAUACAAGUAUUAAGCUCAGAAUCAUUUGUAAAUUUGAAGCGGUUGAUAUUAACAAACAAUUUUUUCUCUCAAAAAACUGCAUUAUAUCUAAGUAAAAUGAUCAGAAAUCGACGUAUAGAGCACCUUGACAUCAGUUUGAAUCCGAUUGGGUCAGAAGGUGCUGCCACAAUAUUUUCCGUUGUUCACAAGCUACCAAUAAAGUUCUUGAAUAUCAGUGCUUGUUCGAUCACAGAGACAAUAGAGAAACUUCUCCUAAAAUUACUUGUCGAUAACAAAACACUUUUCCAUUUCAACAUAUCCAAUAACGAACUAGGAAACGAGCUAGGAAUGAAUAUAUAUCGCAUAAUUGGCUUCAAUAAAGUCCUAAAAUGCUUAGAUCUGCGAAACACAAAUAUACAAACGAAGCUACGGAAGGAUAUUACAAGCGUAUUAUUCCAAAACAAAGACAGGUUGUGAAUAUGAAAAUAAAAGCGUUUUCUCUUAC